UGCUCUUGCUGAUCUACCUUCAGGGCCACCACCAUGUCCAGUCGGGGUGGGAAGAAGAAGUCCACCAAAACUUCAAGGUCUGCCAAGGCAGGAGUCAUCUUCCCUGUAGGGCGGAUGCUGCGGUACAUUAAGAAGGGCCACCCCAAGUAUAGGAUUGGAGUGGGGGCACCUGUGUACAUGGCUGCCGUCCUGGAGUACUUGACAGCGGAGAUCCUGGAGUUAGCUGGCAAUGCAGCAAGAGACAAUAAGAAGGGACGGGUCACACCUAGACAUAUCCUGCUGGCAGUGGCCAAUGACGAAGAGCUGAAUCAGCUACUAAAAGGAGUCACCAUAGCCAGUGGGGGAGUGUUACCAAACAUCCACCCUGAAUUGCUAGCCAAGAAGCGAGGAUCCAAAGGAAAAUUGGAAGCCAUCAUCACACCACCUCCAGCCAAAAAGGCCAAAUCUCCAUCCCAGAAGAAACCUGUGUCGAAGAAAGCAGGAGGCAAGAAAGGGGCCCGAAAAUCCAAGAAGAAGCAGGGAGAAGUCAGCAAGGCGGCGAGUGCCGACAGCACAACCGAGGGCACUCCUGCUGAUGGCUUCACCGUCCUCUCCACCAAGAGCCUCUUCCUUGGCCAGAAGCUGAACCUUAUUCACAGUGAAAUCAGUAAUUUAGCCGGCUUUGAGGUGGAGGCCAUAAUCAAUCCUACCAAUGCUGACAUUGACCUUAAAGAUGACCUAGGAAACACGCUGGAGAAGAAAGGUGGCAAAGAGUUUGUGGAGGCUGUUCUGGAACUCCGGAAAAAGAAUGGGCCCCUGGAAGUCGCUGGAGCCGCUGUCAGUGCAGGCCAUGGCCUGCCCGCCAAGUUUGUGAUCCACUGUAACAGUCCAGUGUGGGGUGCGGACAAGUGUGAAGAGCUUCUGGAAAAAACAGUGAAGAACUGCUUGGCUCUGGCAGAUGAUAAGAAGCUGAAAUCCAUUGCAUUUCCAUCCAUUGGCAGUGGCAGGAACGGUUUUCCAAAGCAGACGGCAGCCCAGCUGAUUCUGAAAGCCAUCUCCAGUUACUUCGUGUCAACAAUGGCCUCUUCAAUCAAAACAGUGUACUUCGUGCUUUUCGACAGUGAGAGUAUAGGCAUCUACGUGCAGGAAAUGGCCAAGCUGGACGCCAAUUAGCCUGAGGAACUACAGAAACAGCCCACAUCAUGUCCUCCGCCUCCCAAUUUGAAAGAAAA